AUGGAUUCAGUCUCGGAGAGAGAGCCAUGGCAGGCUAUAGCGAAACGAAAGCAGGACGAGCGAGAGCAAAAGAUACCUGCCGAGUGGCGACUCCCGUCUACUCUUCUGCCAAAGCAGGAUGUUGACGACGUGUUCAACUUCCCUCAAACAUCUGGAUUCUUUACACUCAGGGAGCUAGAGCUGACCAAUGUCGAUGCAUCCAAAGUUGUAGCCAAGAUAGCUGCUGGCGAAUGGACCUCUGAAGAAGUGACUCGGGCGGUAUGCAAGCGUGCGGCGUUUGCUCAGCAGCUUGUGAAUUGCUUGACGGAGAUUUGUUUCGACGAGGCCAUAGCAAGGGCGAAGGAGCUCGACCGCAAGUUGAAAGAAGACGGCCAGGUAGUCGGCCCUUUGCACGGUCUUGCCAUCAGCUUGAAAGACCAAUUCAAUAUUCCCGGGCUGGAUUCCACGCUUGGAUAUGUCUCAAGGAUCGGUCAGCCAGCUUCUUCUCCUUCAACUCUUGUCACCAUUCUGCAGAACGCUGGUGCCGUAGUAUACGUAAAGACCAACGUUCCAGCGACACUCAUGAUGGGCGAAACGAUCAAUAACGUUUUUGGUCGUUCGUUGAAUCCUCAUAACAGGACAUUGACUCCUGGUGGUUCGUCUGGUGGCGAGUCAGCGUUGAUAACACUCGGCGGUAGCUACCUUGGGGUGGGCACUGAUAUUGGUGGCUCCAUUCGACAUCCAUGUUCUUUCACCGGGCUCUAUGGUCUACGUCCCUCGCAAGGAAGAGUGUCUUACCAGAACGUGCAGAACACAUUCGUUGGACAAGAAGCAGUAAAGUCCAGCGCUGGUCCCAUGUGUCGGUCUCCAGAUGACAUCAGACUUUUUAUGUCGAGUAUUCUCGCAGAGAAGCCAUGGCGCUUAGACCCAUACUGUCUGCCCAUUCCGUGGCGCGAAGAAGAAGAGAUUUUGCCUCAGCAGCUCUGCUUCGGCAUCGCCAAUCAUGACGGCUUCGUCUCAGCAACACCGCCUCUCGUCCGGGCUAUAGAAAUUGUGAAACAAAAGCUUCUAGAUGCAGGCCAUCGGGUGAUCGAGUACAUCCCUCAUGAGAUGCAGGAAUCGAGGGUGCUCAUCAACAAGAUGUGGUCGGCUGAUGGUGGCGAAGAGUUCCAAAGGGAUACAGAUCUUUCAGGGGAACCUCUUCAUCCAGACCUCGAGGCGUGGCUCGGACACAGCGCCAACGCCCCUAGGCCAUCGGUGUCGGAUAUGUGGCGAGUCCAGAAUCAGCGAACAUUGCUGGCGCAAAAAUGGUCAGAAAGAUGGGAGAACACUCAAAGUCAGACAGGGACGGGGCGACCAAUAGAUGGGUUGAUUAUGCCUAGCCUGCCGUUUCCAGCCGUCAAGCAUGAUAGUUCAUACCCAUCGCAUUAUGGGACACUGUCGCCCCUGUUGGAUCUCACGACUGGCUCGUUCCCCGUGACUCGAGUUGAUCUUGAGAAGGACCAGAUGCCAGCAGAUAGGCCAAUCCUGUCUGGGAGAGAUGGCAUGGUCAAGAAGUUCUACAAAGGUCCAGAGAAUCACAAGAAUGCUCCGGUCGGCUUAGCUGUCAUUGGAAGGCGUCUCGAGGAAGAGAAGGUGACGGCCAUGUUGAAGGUCCUGAGUGAGAUUGUAGGCCGUGAUGCUGCACAUUUAUAA